UUUGUGUACUCUCACUCUAUCCAUUAUUCAAUUUUCAAUUCUGAUAUGCCUGCUACUAGUACUAGUAGUCGUGGCGGUGGUGGUAGUAGUAGUAGUAGUAGUAGUAGUAGUAGUAGUAGUAGUAGCAGCAGCAGCAGCAGCAGCAGCAGCAGCAGCAGCAGCAGCAGCAGCAGCAGCAGCAGCAGCAGCAGCAGCAGCAGCAGCAGCAGCAGCAGCAGCAGCAGCAGCAGCAGCAGCAGCAGCAGCAGCAGCAGCAGCAGCAGCUGCAGCAGCAGCAGCAGCAGCAGCAGCAGCAGCAGCAGCAGCAGCAGUAGUAGUAGUAGCAGCAGCAAAGAAAGCAUGUCUGUGGCAUGCUUUUGGCGACGCUAGUAGUACUACUAGACUUCUCGCACGC